GAAUGAAGAAACCGGGCACAUCCUGCUGUCGCUGCCCACAUCGGAUAUUUUCGCUGUUCGAGAGCCCGAGGGACGCUGUUCGCUGAGAGGAGUCGACGUCAAGGCUGCUCCUCUGCCCCCAACAGCAUCACCGGUCCAGUGCACUCCUGAGGAGCCCACUGCUCUCUUAAGGCAUUUCUUCUCCUUCUCCGCUCGCUGUUCCCCCGACUCCAUCUCUGCUCCCAGGUAACCUGUGGAGAAACUCAGAGCCUCGGGGGCAGACACACUGACUCGGGGGCUUCAUGCAUCGGCUGUCAUUAGAGGCUCUGUAGGAAAAGCUCUGGCAGCCGGCCUUUGUUUGGCGUUUCAUUUGCCGUCAGGAUCGGCUUCUUAUCUUCUGCACAGCUGGAUUUUCACAUACCUAAAGCUGCCACCACCUAAGAUCAACGUCCUCCAGCCACUGAAGAAGUCAUGCUUAUGUGGCCCUCUCAUGGCCGUAGCGCGACCACCACCACCACCCUCCUCCAGUCACAGCUGAUGUUCGUCCUGGCCCUGACUGUGCUGCUCUGCCCCUUGGGCUUAGUGACAGUUCAGGGGGAGAGUCAGACGCAGUCUCCUACCCAGGUGCUCCAGGAGCUGCUGGCCCGCUAUGGCGACAACAGCACCAUCACGGUGCCCCAGCUGCGGUCUCUGUUGGCCCUCCUCAGCCAGGGUCAGGGUGAAGGUGACAGCGGCAGCAGCGGCAGCAGCAACGUGGCUGAGACAGCAACAAGCACACCGCCCAAAGCCAACAGCUCCAAGUGCUUGCCUGCGGACACAUUGGCCAUUUACAGCAUUAGCGAGCAGUCGAAGCUGGAUGGGCAGGGUUUGCAGGAGCUUUGCCCCACCAUGCUGCAGCAGCUGGAUGCUGGUACCUGCAGGGAGCAAAAAGGGGAGAUGCUGAGCAGUGACAACUCCCCCAGGCCCUCGGACGCUGAAGUGUGGGGUUAUGGGAUCCUGUGUGUGACACUGAUCUCUCUGUGUUCGCUCGUCGGGGCGAGCGUGGUGCCCUUCAUGAAGAAAACCUUUUACAAGCGACUGCUUCUCUACUUCAUAGCCCUGGCCAUUGGCACGCUGUACUCCAACGCCUUGUUUCAGCUCAUCCCAGAGGCCUUUGGGUUUGACCCCAUGGUGGACUUCUACGUCUCCAAGUCUGCAGUGGUGUUUGGGGGUUUUUACCUCUUCUUCUUCACUGAAAAGGUCCUCAAAGUGCUUCUCAAGCAGAAACAUGGGAGCCGCGGCCACAGUCACUACCCCGACACAGACCAUUACGCGACGCACGACAGAGAUUUGGAGGAGGGCGAGAAGGAGAAGCUGCAGCAGAACGGAGAGGCCAGCAGUCUGGCUCUGGGCAAGGUGGACGCAGGGGAGGGGGAGCUCAUGCUCAGCCCUGCACAGACACCACAGGACUCUCAGAGCCCCGACAGCGGGGGGCGGUCCGGAAGCAGUGGAGGUGGCUGCUAUUGGCUGAAGGGGACGGCCUAUUCUGACAUCGGCACGCUGGCCUGGAUGAUCACGCUCAGUGACGGUCUGCACAACUUUAUAGACGGCUUGGCCAUCGGCGCCUCCUUCACCGCCUCCGUCUUCCAGGGCAUCAGCACCUCCGUGGCCAUCCUGUGUGAGGAGUUCCCCCAUGAGCUGGGAGACUUUGUGAUCCUGCUGAACGCCGGCAUGAGCAUACAGCAGGCUCUGUUCUUCAACUUCCUGUCGGCCUGCUGCUGUUACCUGGGCAUGGGCUUUGGCAUUCUGGCUGGCAACAGCUUCUCCCCCAACUGGAUCUUCGCCCUGGCGGGAGGAAUGUUCCUCUACAUCGCUCUGGCAGACAUGUUCCCAGAGAUGAAUGAGGUGAGCCGUGAGGAAGAGGAUGCGGGCGGCAGCAGCUUCCUCCUCACCUUCGCCAUCCAGAACGCCGGCCUGCUGACGGGCUUCUCCAUCAUGCUCCUCCUCACCACCUACUCUGGACAGAUACAGAUGGGCUAGCACCAGACUCCUCUGGACCAACACCAGCUGGUUUGGCCCCAAGAGGAAGGAGGGAGGGAGGUCGAAACUUUCUUUCUCUUUAUCUUCCUUCCUUCUUAUGUUUUCGGGACCCUGGAGUUUGGGAAGUUUGGCCGUGCGGCAGGUACGCACGCUUCCUCUAUAGAAAAUAUUUGAGUCGCUGUUCUUGUGCAGUUCCUACAUGCAGUAGAUCCCAGACAGGGGGCGUGGGGGGGGGGGCUCUUUCUCCAACGUUUCCCUGACAGCUGCUCCCUCUAACAGUCUGGACACAUCGACUGAAGCGGCGUUCAGCUGAACAUGAACUGACGUGCAAUACUCAAACUGUUCUCUGUUCCCCCAGACUACUGAUCUGCCAUUUUGGCUCCUGCUCUUAUUCUCUCUCUCCUCUCUACCUUCCCUCAGUCGAUGUCAUUGAGCCUCAACCAGAGCCUGUUGAGAUUCAUUAGAUGCAGAGUGUUAUAUCACUUAUCCUCUGUGCCCACAACAUUUCCUCAGGAGGUGGGAAAAAGCACAAUCAGGUAACAGCAGCUGUAUUAUCGACAUCCGUGAGUCUUUAUCCUUCUGUUCCAGACUUUUAAGCCCCACCUUUUUUUCAUUCCAUACCAAAAACAAAUAAUUACUGACCUGAACUGGAAUUUUAAUGAAAUGUCGAUAUCAAACGGACUUCCGGCUGGACUUUGUUGUUUGUGCGUUGAUGUUAUAUUUUUUUACACAUGGAAAAACGUGAAAAAGGAUCAGACUCUUUUGACGACCAAAUAUGGGCAGACCAUUGAGAAUGGUGAAGGGCUACACAGUGACGUGUGGAAGGGCACACUUCAUCCUCCUCAGUAUGAACUCGUCUGCAUCCUCGACAUGCGGCUGGAAAGUCCUAAUGAAGUGACAUAAAAUCCAGUUUGUCUGAUUUUAGUGGCUUAAUCCGGAUCUGACGCAACAACACCCAGCAUCCACAGCAGCAUUUCUCCAUAGUUAACCAUUGGUGCCCUUAGUGUUGAAUAGUUAUAGCUUUUUUUUUUUUUUUUUCAUUCCUUGUAUUCUUGAGCUCUGGUUUCAGCGUAUCCCAUAGACUAUUUUUCCCCCAAAUUAUCUAUUCUUUUACAGUCUAGUCAUAGUUUUAAGAGAAUAUCAUCAGCUGAAUCAUACAAACACGCACACUUUGCCCUCUGGUCUGGUCUGUGAUCUUAUCCAUAUUAAUCAUCCAUAGUAAUGACAGAAAAAUAUGCUUAUAUAUUGUAUGUAUUUAGUUAGUUUGUUAUGACAAACAUCUAAUUCUAAGUUACGCUCUAUGGCCAAAAGUAUGUAGACACAUUUUUUUUGUACUUUUUUUUUUUUACCUCUUAUGUCUUAUUACAUUCAAAUCAAAUAAUCAGCUGUUUUAUAUAUAUAUAUAUACACACACACACAUAUAUACAUAUACAUAUCCAGUGAUCUUUGGGCUCGAUAUUUCGAAUACUGAAAUAUCUUUUUUAAACAAAAAUGCCAAAAACUCACCGGUCCGUGCGUCUCACAUGUCAGGAUUUGGAAAAUUUGUGAUGGAAUGUUUUGGGGUUUUCUUUCUAUUUUCUAUCAGAUAAAUAAGAAAAUAUCUGAUAGAUUCAUCCAUAACGAAAAUACUUGUUAGUUGCAGCCCUAGAAAUCUUGCCUCUGUGUCUACAGUACACAGUAUGUUUGAAAGCAGUGAGUCACCAAGUUUGUGGUAACAGUUUAUGGAAGGUCUUUUCCCGGGUUUCACAUGACAGUGCCCCACAAAGCCAGAUCCACGAACCUCACCAACGCUCCUGUGGCUGAGUGGGAACAAAGACCUGCAGCCAGGUUCCAGGAAUCUGGUGGAAAGCCUGAAGCCAGAGAAGUUGGGGCUGAUAAAGCAGCAAAUGAACGCUAAUGAUUUGGAAUAAGAUGUUCAGCAAUGACAUAUGGAUACAGUGUUUGGGUGUCCACAUACCUUUGGCCAUGUAGUGUAAUUUAAAUCUGAGGGGGACCAGUGAAAAACACUCUGUGAGUUAUUGGUGUUUGUCAUAUCUCUGUAAUUUGACUGGUUUCACCUCAACAUUAGUAUUGUUAGGGAUGACACAGUUAGGGGUGACGCAGCCAUUCACACAAUAGCAGCAUCAUAGUUUGUGUUACUGUGUACACUAUGGAUCAGUGUGUUUCGGUGGGUCACUGCGGAUCCACAUUUACUGAUAUCUCACAGCUCGAUUGCACAGCUUUUCUACUGUACAAUAAUCAAAAUUCAACACAGAAUAAGUCGUCCGUUACCAGAAGCUACAUAUGUUUCCUUAUAUUCAACGUGACCAUAGAUUAGAGCUGUAGAAUAUUAUUUAUUAGAGAUAGAAACUGGAAGACAUGAUUGGCUGUUACAUUGUACAGGCCUACUAAAAAAAAAAAAAAAAACAAACAAAAAAAGAAA